AUGGAAAGUUUAAAGAAUUUAUUUAAAAAGAAAAAAGAAAAUGAUACUAUUAGAAUUAUAUAUGCAAAUGACCAGGAUCGAAAUAAAGAGUUUCCUAGCAAUCGAAUUAGUAACACAAAGUACACAGUUAUAACAUUUAUACCUAAAAACCUAAUGGAACAAUUUGGUAGGGCCAUGAACAUUUAUUUUUUAAUGAUUGGUGUAUUGCAACUAUUUCCAAGCAUUACACCAGUUGACCCAAUAUCAACCUGGGGAGCAUUAUUAUUUAUAUUUACAGUUUCAGCUAUUAAAGAAGCAUUUGACGAUUACAAUAGAGGUAGAAGAGAUAAAAAAGCAAAUGAAAGAAAGUACACUAUUUUCAGAAAUGGCACAAAGCAAGAUAUUCAAUCACAAUACAUCAUGGUUGGUGAUAUCAUUUAUUUAAAAGAAAAUGAAGAAAUUCCAUGUGAUUUAAUGGUAUUAUCAAGCUCUGAUAAAGAAAAAAACUCAUUAUAUGUUCAAACUUCAAAUUUAGAUGGUGAAACAGAUUUAAAGAUCAAAUAUUCAGUCAAAGAAACAUCACAAUUAUCAAUAAAUGAAUUAUUAAAUUUUAAAGGUAUUUUAGAAUGUCCACCUCCAAAUGCAGAAAUUUAUAGAUUUGACUCACGUUUAUCUUUAAAGGCCAAUAGAAAGGUUAAUACAUAUUCACACUCUGAUUGGUUAACUGUAGAUAGUAACAAUUUAAUUUUACAAGCAACUCAUUUAAAAAACACAGAUUACGUAUAUGGUUUAGUAGUUUAUACAGGUAAUGAAACUAAAUUGGGCAAAAACAAGAUGGAAGUACCCACCAAAUGGACCAAAUUAGACAAAGAAAUCAACAAAAUAACAAUUUUCAUUUUUUGUUUACAAUUAACAUUGGUAUUAAUUUUCGGUAUCAUCGGGGAUGCACUCAGAGUAUCAUAUGGGCCAAAGGAGUGGUAUUUAAUGUAUGAUGAUUCUAUGGUCGGUAAAACUAUUAUCAUCCCAUUAAGAUUUUUACUCUUAAAUAGUAUGAUGAUUCCAAUCUCUUUGAAGGUUACUAUCGAUGUUAUAAAGUAUGCCUAUGCCUUGUUUAUCAACUGGGAUUUAAAGAUGUACAACGCCGAUACUUCAAGUGCUGCCACAGCAAAUUCCACCGCUCUUAGUGAAGAUUUAGGUCAAAUUGAAUAUAUUUUUACUGAUAAAACUGGUACUUUAACUGAAAAUAUAAUGUUAUUUUCAAAUUGCUCAAUCAAUGGUAAAAUAUAUCAUAGAAAUCGGGAACAAGAAGAAUUUUCAAAUCUUAUUGAUUAUAAUAAUGAUAGUAAACAACAACAACAACAACUACUACAAAAACAAAAGAAACAAAAAGAUCAGCCACAACAACAUCAACAACAAAAUGAAGAAUAUGUUGAGUUAAAGAAAGCAAUCAAACAAAAUGAUCAAGAUGUAGUUGAAUUCUUUAGAUGUUUAUCCUUAUGUCACUCAAUUGUACCUAUGAUUACUCAAGAUAAUGCCACUGGCCAAGAUACUAUUCAAUACAAAUCCUCAUCCCCAGACGAAGAGGCUUUAGUUAAUGCCUCAAGUAUAAUUGGUGCCAAGUUUAUAAAUAGAACACCAGAUAAAUUAGAGACCGAAAUUAAUGGUACUAAAGAAACCUAUGAAAUAUUACAUACCUUUGAAUUUAGUUCAGAUAGAAAACGUAUGAGCGUUGUUGUUCGUGACCCAGUUACUCAAAUCAUUAAAAUUAUUUGUAAAGGUGCUGACGAAAUUAUAUUUAAAUUAUUAAACAAAAAUUAUUAUCAACAACAGCAACAACCAAAUACUGAUUUAUUACAGUUAUACUCAAAUCAAAUUGAUUUAUUCGCAAGUAAAGGUUUAAGAACACUUUGUUUAGGCGAAAAAAUUAUUCAAAAAGAAGAUUAUGAAAGAUGGUAUCAAAACCAUUACCAAAAGGCCAUUACAGCUAUUGAAAAUAGAUCAGCAUUAUUGGGUGAAGCCUACCAAUUAUUAGAAAGAGAUUUCGAUUUACUUGGUAUUACAGCAAUUGAGGAUAAACUCCAAGAAAAUGUACCACAAACAAUUCAAUGUUUAAGACAAGCUCAAAUAAAGAUUUGGAUGCUUACAGGUGAUAAAUAUAGUACAGCCAUUCAAAUUGCAAAUUCAUGUAAUUUAGUAACUAAAGGUAGUAAACUUUUCACUAUAGAUGUUCAAAUGUCAGUAGAGGCACUUUAUAAAUACAUUUCAUCAUUAUCUCAGCCACAACAGCAACAAAGUUCAAUCAUUGUUGAAGGUCAUGUGUUAUCAAUUGUAUUACUUUUCUGUGAAAAUAAUUUCCUUAAACUAUCUCAAUUGGUCGGUUCUUUAAUUUGUUGUAGAGUUACUCCAAGCCAAAAGGCUCAAGUUGUUAAAAUGAUUAAAAAUACAGGUAGAAUUACACUAGCAAUUGGUGAUGGUGGUAAUGAUGUAUCAAUGAUUCAAGAAGCUAAUAUCGGUAUUGGUAUCAGUGGUAGAGAAGGUCUCCAAGCAUCCCGUGCUGCAGAUUAUAGCAUUGCCAGAUUUAAAUAUCUUCAAGAACUUAUUUUAAUCCAUGGUCGUUACUCUUAUUUACGUACAUCAUUUGUAGCAGGUUAUAGUUUUUAUAAAUCAAUGUUUAUUUGCUUCAUUCAAAUUCUCUAUCAAUUAUUCUCUGGGUUUGCCGGUUCUACUUUCUUUAAUUCGUUCUCUUUGACCUCUUAUAAUAUUUUAUUCACCGGUCUACCAGUUAUCGGUUUCAUCUUUGAUAAAGAUUUACCAGAAGCAAUCAUCCGUCGAAAUCCUCACCUCUAUAAUAUUGGUCAAGAUAGCAAAGCAUUCAAUGCCCGUGUAAUCAUUCAAUGGAUGUCCAGAGCAAUUUUCCAAGCAAUCUUUGUUUUCAGUUUCACAAUUGGUCCAUAUGCAUUCGGUACAUCGGGUUCAACUAUCGACUAUGAUUCAUUUACUCUUACUUUAUUCUUUGAAUCCCAUACCAUCACCUGGAUCAACCAAUUUUUAAUUUGGGGCACUAUCCCAAUUUAUUUUGUUUGUGUUUUCAUCUUAAAUUCAAUGUCAAAUUUAGAUAUGUACACUGUAAUGACUCAUCUCUUUGAUAGCGGCUCAGUCUGGUUCUCUAUGAUUCUAAUGAUAUUUGUCUCUAUUGCACCAAUCAUUACAAUUCAAUAUCUCUACCAAUCAUAUAAACCAAAUGUUGUCGAAAAAAUUCAUCAAGUUAGAUUAUAUUUAUCUUCAAAACCAGAUGAUAGUAGCAAACUAGUAACAAAUAACAGCAAGGUUGAUAAUGAAAAUAAUAUUUUAAAUUAUAACUCAAAUAAUAAUAUUUACCAACGUCAUAAUAACCAACAACAGCCACAACAACAAAAACAACUUAAUAUUGCAGUUUCCUUUAAACAUCAAUUCGAAAAGAAAAAGCCACUCUUUAGAUCAAACUCAAAUCAAUUUGAUAGCAACAAGAUUACAGUAGAUGUAGUUGUAUGUUCAAAAGAAAUGGAAGAAUAUGAAAAUAAACAAAUCAUUGAAAAUAAUAUGAAAUCAUCAAAUCAACAAGAUAAAUUUAAUGUUUAUGAUGAUUCUAUAUCAAUUCCAAUAAAUAAUGAUGAAAACGAUAACGAAAAUGAAAAUGAAUAUAAACCACUUCUUAGUUAGAAGAUGGUAAUAUUUUAUUUCAUUUUAAAUAAAAAAUAAAUUUAAAAAUUUAAAACAUCU